GCGUUUCCAAAACUCAUACGUGGCAAGCGGACAUGUCCCCGUCCAUCUCUACCAAGCAUCUGGACUCGAUUGCGUCCAGGUUACUUCCUUCACAUUUCGUUUCAUAUUUCAUACAAAAAAACGAAGACGAAAGAAGCUCUUCGAAAUUUAUAAAUUAUCCUCUGCAUUUAGCUCCCUUCCAAUUCCAGAUCGUCUCUUCAAAUCCGUAAUUCUCUUAUACAGUCUGGAGUUUUCACAAGUUGACGUUAGGAAGAAGACGAUGACGAGCCCGAGAAAAAGAGAGAGGGCCGGUCAGGUGCAAGUGCAGCAGGAUCCUCCUUACCAUGUUCUUCAUAAGCUGCCUCCUGGUGACAGCCCCUACGUCAGAGCCAAGCACGUUCAGUUAGUUCAGAAGGAUCCAGAAGCAGCUAUAGUUUUGUUCUGGAAGGCAAUAAACGCUGGAGAUAGGGUGGAUAGUGCCCUCAAAGACAUGGCAGUAGUCAUGAAGCAGCAAGAUAGAGCAGAAGAAGCAAUUGAAGCAAUAAAGUCUUUCAGGGAUCGCUGCUCUAAGCAGGCACAAGAAUCCCUAGACAAUGUACUAAUUGACUUGUACAAGAAAUGUGGUAGAGUUGAGGAGCAAAUAGAGCUACUGAAGCAGAAACUUUGGAUGAUUUACCAGGGAGAGGCCUUCAAUGGUAAGCUUACCAAGACAGCGCGCUCCCAUGGAAGGAAGUUUCAAGUCACAAUCAAGAAAGAGACUUCCAGGAUACUGGGGAACUUAGGUUGGGCCUACAUGCAACAAGGGAACCAUGUGGCUGCAGAAGUGGUGUAUCGUAAAGCCCAAAUCAUCGACCCAGAUGCCAACAAGGCCUGCAACCUAUGCCUAUGCCUGAUCAAGCAAACACGAUACGUCGAGGCACAAUCAGUUCUUGAUGAUGUCUUGCAGGGCGCGCUUUCAGGAUCUGAUGAGCCCAAAUCAAAAAUUCGCGCCAAGGAACUGCUCCAGGAGCUAGAGCAAUGUCAAACUGUAGUUUUGUCAUCGAAUUCAUUGAGUUUGAAUAUAGAAGAUGCUUUUCUGGAGGGGCUUGACCACUUGAUGAAGCACUGGACCCCUCUAAGGUCUAGGAGACUUCCUAUCUUUGAAGAGAUUUCUUCAUUUAGAGAUCAAUUAGCUUGUUGAUUUUGUAGGGAGUUUGUAGAUACUUCUCCAUUAUUUUUUGAUGUUUGUAUAAAUACUAUAAGAAAGUAUAAUCACUUGGCCAUCUGUUCUCUUUGCUCAAGUGGAUAUCUUGUCCACUUUUUGUACUUUUUUCUCUUGUUAAUGAAAUUUGUUCCCAAUCAAAA